CCCACGUGCCGGCCGGGCCGUCCACGGGCGAGCGGGCAGGGGCGCGGAGGGCGCCCGAUCUCGGCUGCGGGCUCGCCCGCUUCCUUCCGGCCGCCGGGCCGCGCAGCUCUGCUCCCGCCCGGGCUCCGACGAUGGCUCAGAAGGAGAACGCCUACCCGUGGCCCUACCGCGCGUACACGCACAUUCCAGCCACAGGGACAAGGACACCCUCAGAACCCCGCUCUGCUCCUCAGUCUCAGUCGGGCCUGAAGACCCUGCCCCAGAGAGUCCUACGGAAGGAGCCUGCUGGGAGUGCCACGCUUGCCCUCACCAACCGCUCCAAUGGCCAGGCCACAGCCACCCCUGGCCAGAAGCCGCCUGAGAACUCGAGUCACGGCUCCACUGCCAUGCGGUCCCUCACUAUUGACGACUUUGAGAUCGGGCGUCCUCUGGGCAAAGGCAAAUUUGGAAAUGUGUACUUGGCUCGAGAGAAGAGAAGCCACUUCAUUGUGGCGCUCAAGAUCCUCUUCAAGUCUCAGAUCGAGAAGGAGGGAGUGGAGCAUCAGCUGCGCCGAGAGAUUGAAAUCCAGGCCCACCUACAACACCCCAACAUUCUUCGGCUCUAUAACUACUUCCAUGACCGGCGGAGGAUCUACUUGAUACUGGAAUAUGCCCCUCGGGGGGAACUCUACAAGGAACUCCAGAAGAAUCGGACUUUCGAUGAGCAGCGGACCGCCACGAUCAUGGAGGAGCUGGCAGACGCCCUGAUGUACUGCCACAAGAAGAAAGUGAUCCACAGAGACAUAAAGCCUGAGAACCUGCUGCUGGGCCUCCAGGGGGAGCUGAAGAUCGCGGACUUCGGCUGGUCCGUGCACGCCCCCUCCCUGAGGAGGAAGACCAUGUGUGGCACCCUGGACUACCUGCCCCCUGAGAUGAUCGAGGGGCGCAUGCACAAUGAGAUGGUGGAUCUGUGGUGCAUCGGGGUGCUCUGCUAUGAGCUGAUGGUCGGGAACCCGCCCUUCGAGAGCCCUAGCCACAGCGAGACGUACCGGCGGAUUGUCAAGGUGGACCUGAAGUUCCCGCCCUCUGUGCCUGAGGGGGCCCAGGACCUCAUCCGCAAGCUGCUGAAGCAUAACCCCUCAGAACGGCUGCCCCUGGCCCAGGUCACCGCUCACCCCUGGGUCCGGGCCCACUCUCGGAGGGUGCUGUCUCCCUCCGCCCUUCAGCCCGCUUCUUGAUGUCUGUCCGUUUGCUCAGUUCUGUUUGUUUGCAUGUGUUGGGGAAAGGGGAAAGGGGAUGGCGGUUCACAACUAUCCCCAGCUCCAGUGGGGGGGCUCUGAGCCCCCUCUGUGAUCCACAGGCAAAAGCCAGCAUAGACGUGCUGCACACGGAGGCAACACAGAAAGCUAAAAACAAAAGAAGGCAGUGCUGGAGAGAUGGCUCGGCAGGAAAGGGCGCAGGGUGCUCUUCCCGAGGACCUGGGCUCAGUUCCCAGCACCCUGUGGUUCCCACACCAUCUGCAUAACCCCAGUGCUGGGGAAUCUGGCAUCUUCUAGCCUCUGCAGGCACGAGGCAUGGCUAUGAUAAGCAUAUAUGCAAGUAAAACCCCUACACACAUGGAAGUUUUAAAAACCGUCUAGUCAGAUUCCUUUUAAUUGGCCAAAUGUUGAAUGCUGUUUUAAAAAUACGAUAAGCCAAUCAUGUAAUUAAUAUAGUUUAUCUAUGAAACGUGGCUUAGCCCAGCCUAUCUUCAAUUCAAAAAAAAUUUUGUACAACAAAAAGCUUAUUUUAUAAUAAAAUCUUAAAUUUUCA